CCACGUGACAAGAGAAAGUCUAAUGUUUCUCUUGCAGUAGCAGCCAUCAUUUCACUCAAUAGGCUAGAAAUCCAUCCUGAGAAAGGAAGAGGCGACGGAAUAAAAGAAAUAGCCAUGGAUUAGCAAGGGAACAAUCAGGAGGGAAUAACAAGUUGUUUUCUUUUGCUUCCGUUUUGAAUUUUUGCGUUGCUCUGAAUUUUGCAGAAAUCUUCGCUCUUGGUGCAUUGGGCAGUGGAAAUGCAUUGGGGAUACAACCCCGUGUAAGUAGCUUGUCAACAAACAAGGUGGGCUCGAGCAGCGUUGGGCGCGACUGUGUUUCCCUGCGGCCGCCACCGGGUCUGCCGCUGGACUGGUAGAUGAGGCUGCUGAGGAGGGCGGGGCCACAGCCGAGGAUAUUCUUUUUUUUGCCGUAUUUAAUUUGAAGCAAUUUUUUACAUUUCGGUACGUGGGGGGGGGAGAAGGCCAAAACCGCGGACCUAAAACCCACCCGGAGCAUGGGGCAGAAGGUUCCCGGAGGAAUCAAGACUGUGGACAUGCGGGACCCGGCGUUUCGCCCGCUCAAGCUGGAGCUGCAGGCGCUGGACUACACCAAGCCGGCCCGGCUGGACAUGCUGCUGGACAUGCCCCCCGCCGCCCCCGAGGUGCAGGUGCAGCACUCGUGGAACAAUGACGACCGCUCGCUCAACAUCUUCGUCAAGGAGGACAACAAGCUGGUCUUCCACCGGCACCCCGUGGCGCAGAGCACGGACGCCAUCCGGGGGCGCGUGGGCUACACCCGCGGGCUGCACGUGUGGGAGAUCAGCUGGGUGAUGCGCCAGCGGGGCACCCACGCCGUGGUGGGCGUGGCCACGCGCGACGCCCCGCUCCACUCCGUGGGCUACACGGCGCUGGUGGGGAACAACGGCGAGUCCUGGGGCUGGGACCUGGGCCGGAACAAGCUGCACCACGACGGGAAGAACCGGCCCAGCGAGACCUACCCCGCCUUCCUGGAGCCCGACGAGACCUUCCUGGUGCCCGACUCCUUCCUGGCGGUGCUGGACAUGGACGAGGGCACGCUCAGUUUCAUCGUGGACGGACAGUAUUUGGGCGUUGCGUUUAGAGGACUCAAGGGCAAAAAACUGUACCCCGUCGUGAGCGCCGUGUGGGGACACUGUGAGAUCCGCAUUCGCUACAUUAAUGGGCUCGAUCCGGAGCCCCUCCCCCUGAUGGACCUGUGCCGGCGCUCGGUCAGAGUGGCGCUGGGGAGGGAGCGGCUCGGCGAGAUCCACAGACUGCCCCUGCCCGCCUCCCUCAAGAACUACCUGCUCUACCAAUGACAGCAGGAGGGGGCCCUCCCUCUUCUCCACAGCGG